GACCAGUUGUUACUUGUUAGAUGAAGAAGAAGAAGCAGUCAUUUCUCCUUCUCUUGCAAGCCUCCCCAAUUAACAAAUUUCCUCUCUCUAUACAAAAGUUGCAGCAAACAGCAGUUGGAGAAGAAACACUUACAUCUUUGCUUCUCUGUGAAGCUAGCUUAGCUAAUCAUCUCUUUAAUUCUCUCUCCUCUCUCUUGACUGUCAUACACCUCCCUCCAUUAAAAGCCUACACGAGAAGUUUGGUAAGUUUCUCACGGAAAAGCAGAAACCUCCUCCCACCUCUGUCUCCUCCAACCUGUAUUUACCCCCUCGCUCUUCUUAUAUAUAUAUAUAUAAGCAUUGUUAAUAUAAUCAUCGACUCGAUCAUAACUCCCAAUCUAUCUGUAUAUCAUUAUCAAUUACUGGUGUUUUUUUCGUUUAAGGCGGCAAUGAUGGUGGGAGGGAAGAAAGCGGUCAUCUACAUUUUGGUUUGUUUGCAAUGUUGUCUUUAUUCAAUAGCAAUGCUGGACCCGCUUGAUUUUCUAGCAUUGCAAUCGAUUCGUAAGUCGUUAAAAGAUGUUCCCGGGUCGAAUUUCUUUCAGUCGUGGGACUUCACUUCCGACCCGUGUAGCUUCCCCGGAGUUUACUGUGAUUCGGAUAAAGUGAUCGCUCUCAAUCUCGGCGACCCGCGGGCUGGUUCGCCUGGUUUAGCUGGCCGGAUUGAUCCAGCUAUUGGUAAGCUUUCGUCGUUGGCUGAAUUCACUAUUGUUCCUGGUCGGGUCAUGGGGAGAAUACCCGAAACCGUUUCGCAGUUGUCGAAUCUUCGGUUCUUCGCCGUUAGUCGGAAUUUCUUAACCGGAGAGAUUCCGGCUGGUUUUGGAGAGUUGCGAACCUUACACACUCUUGACUUGAGCUACAAUCAACUCACCGGUUCAAUCCCUCACCCGCUUGGUUCACUUCCGGUUCUCUCUAAUCUCCUCCUCUGUCACAACCAUCUCACCGGUUCACUCCCUCCUUUUAUAUCCAAUUCCCUCACCCGGGUUGAUCUGAUGCACAACAAUCUAACCGGUUCUAUUGAACCGGAUUCUCUCCCUCCUUCUGUUCAGUACCUCUCACUUGGGUGGAACAAAUUCUCAGGGCCGGUUUUCAAUCUUUUACCGAAAUUAAACCGGUUGAAUUACCUCGAUUUAAGCAUGAACCGGCUCACUGGUUUAAUCCCGUGCGAAGUAUUCACAUUCCCAAUCUCCAACCUUCAGCUACAAAGAAACCAGUUCUUCGGCCCGGUUCAACUAGUUGAGCAAGUAACAAUCGCCACCGUUGAUUUAAGCUACAACAGAUUAUCAGGGCAAGUAUCACCAAUGCUAUCAACGGUUCAGAAUCUAUAUCUAAACAACAACCGGUUCAUGGGUUCGGUUCCGGCGAGCUUCAGAGACCGGAUAAUGGAUGCAACAAUACAGACGUUAUAUUUGCAGCAUAAUUAUCUGACAGGUUUUGAGAUAAAUCCAACGGCUGAGAUUCCAAGUGUGUUAUGUUUACAGUACAAUUGCAUGGUCCCACCAACCCAGUCAGCUUGCCCGUUGAAAGCUGGAGACGAGAAGACACGCCCUACUGCGCAGUGUAACGAAUGGCGAGGGUAAAUCUGGAAUUUCACACCAGACAUGAGAAGAGAGAAGGACAUAUAAUUAUUGUCUAAAAAUAGGUUUUGUUCUUUCCUUAAAUUUUUUGUUGUGCCUAAUUAUGCUUAUGUGGCAAAGAUUUUUGCUUUCAUUUAUUUAAUUUUUUGGUUAUUAUUAGAGGUAAUCUCAGAAGAAAUAAUAUGAAAAAUCAACAAUGUGGAUACUUAUUUUUAUUUCUUUUACAUACUCCGUAUUAAUUUGUAGUUCUAUAGGAAAAAGAAGCUACCUCCUAUUAAUUUGUAGUUUAUUGUUUGUAUUA